AACAAUGGCAGAUAAUAGUUGGUUAUCUUCCCCUGCCAACCGACAGGUGGCGCCACUGUUCCCGGUCCAUCAGAAUCCCUUAUCGAUUAGCAUCAUUCUGAGACAAAUCAAAACAAACGUUCUUUACUUUUAAAAAAUGGAAUCUAAGUUCGGAUCAUUUACAAUUCCACAACUGAAGGCAGAAUUGAAAAAAAGGGGUGCUAGACUUUCUGGACGUAAGAAUGAAUUGGUUGAAAGAUUAGUGUCUUACGAGAGAAAUCAAAACUUUGGAAAUGUAGAGACUUUAGAGCCUGAAUACAACAUGACAUUACCAGAUCCCACAAAAUAUGCGGAUGUCAACUCGGAUUCAAAAUUUCCGAAAACAGAACUAGACAGUGUGCAUAAGUAUCUGGCACAGCAUGAGAAAACCCUGGAUAAUCGUAUUCAAAGACUAUACAAUGAGCAGUUUUUGAGAUAUUUCCGUAUGUCACCAGGACAGGAUGUUGUAUAUAUUUAAUCAAGUUGUCAUGCAGAGAUGAAGAAAGGUGUGUGUUAUACUGUAGAUGUUGAACUUAACUCUGGGGGGUCAGUUAUUGAGGCACAGUGUGAAUGUGCUGCUGGUAUGGGGCCACAUGCUCACUGCAAACAUGUGUGCACAGUACUUUAUGGUGCAGUAAUGUUCUCCCAGAAAAAGACAGUAAAAACGGAAGAAACAUGCACCCAAAAAUUGCAAAGUUUUCAUAAGUGUAAAAAAUAUUUAGGAAGUCCAUUAAAGGCUGAUACACUUGAUAUGCCUGGUGCAGCUGAAUUAACAAACAUUGACUUUGACCCAAGACCAGAGCAGUUUAGAAAUUCUGUUAGCUAUCAAGACCAUUUCAGAAAUGCAUGCUUGAAUUUCCCUGGCAUAUCCAAAAUGCCAAUAUUUCAAACUUUUGAACCAGCAAACACUAAAGCUGUUGCAUUAGAUCAUGACUAUUUAAAACUUUCGCCAGAAGAGAAUUUCCUUCAGAAAAUUUUCGUUACCAAAAAUCAGUGAUGAAACGGUUAUUGAUAUCGAAAAAAAAACAAUUGGCCAGAGCGCGAAUAAAUUAUGGAAAGAGGAACGUACAAAGCGCCUACCAUCCUCGAUGUUUGGUAAAAUUUGCAAGUCUACUGACCGGACUGAUAAAGAUAAACUAGCCAGAUCUUUAGUUGAUACAAGAGAAAUUAAUGCGGCCGCCUUGG